AUGGAGCAACAACGAGAAGCCUUUAAUAUAAUUAUGAUUUUUCUUCUGAUGGUUGCCAGCAUCCAUGACGUGUCGUCGAGUCUCUACACAAUCACCACUACGAUCGACAUCGGCGAUGGUGAUCAAAUUACAGAUCGCUCCUGGCCCUUGAACACCACGGCGUCGAUCUAUCAAGAUUCUACCACCUAUUUACCCACUUCGGCGAGUAUACAAGGGGAAGAGAUACUCCAUUCUUCGGAAACGAAUGUUCUCAAUCAAUUCGUGCGGCCAUCUCAUCAGCGUAACGAGUAUAGAGAAGACGACGACCCUGAAGAGCCUCCAGACCAUGUGAUACCAUAUUCGGACCAUGAAGAAGCUAGAGACGUGCCUACUCAACCAAAAUACGUAGGUCCUGGAAUCUGGGCGAAACCGCCACCUGAAAAAGACAUCCCUCUGGACUUCGUGCCGACGAAGCUGCAUGCUCAAGUACGAGGAAGCCACACUGUGAGGAGAGUGCCACAGCGACAGGCGAUCGAAAGCGCGGAGACGGAGGAAGAGAGGCGUAACGCGCCCAGAUUGAGGGCAGUUGUCACCAAUUCGAAGGUCAACACGGUCUACACCGAAGAGGGAUACGAGGACUCGGCGUACGACCACGCGGGACACAUCAGGGACGCCGAUUUUCACGAAGGAUUCGCGCACAAGCUUCAUAAUCGAAAGAACAGCGGACAAAACUCCUCAAGUGCUAAAAACAGAGAAGGAAAAAAUUCAAUACCGGAUGAAUUCAAGGAAUAUGAAGAAGACUAUCAAGACCAUAUGUACGAAAAGAGAAAAGAGAAAUUUGAGGAGGCAGAUGAUGAAGAUAAUCUGAUAGCAUACGACAGAAACGGCGGGGAAGAAUCUGAAUUAAAUCCUAAAUUCGUUGCUGAGAAUAACAUCGGGAAGCUGGAAGAAGACGUAGAGAAAGAUGCUGAAGAGGCUGAGAGAAAUUCGAAAAUAUAUCAGCGCGCACAAGAAUCGAAACUUCGUAAUGAUAUCAAGGUAAAUAGUUCGGAAUUGGAGGAGUCUCGUGUAGAAGAUAAUUUAAAACACGAGAAUAAGUCAGUCAAGACAAAGAAGCGCAAAUCCAAAUUGCGAAAAAACGAUAAUGUGGGUAAGAAAACAAAGUCGCGCAAAUCGAAAAAUAAGAAGCUCCUCUUUGGGGAUUACGAGACAACUGUGCUCCCGUUUGAAGAAACAAGUCCAAUUGAUGUUGAAACGCCAGCAAGUCCCCAUGGUUUUGUAACAAGUUCUCCGAACUCGCAGAUAUAUUCUGUCGAUCAGACGACCCUGCGCUAUGUCGCGCCGAUCGCAACAGCUCCGUCUCGACACAUCGACGAGCCGACGACAGUUAGCUACAGUCAGCUCUUCUGGGAUUACUUCAAGGCGAGGCAAGGCCCAUCGAGCACCGAGCCAUCCGAGCUCGUAUCGAACUCGACGACCAUGAAUCCGCAACAGGAAGCGCAAACGCCGGUCGCGGUUGCAACCAUUGACGGCCACGGUCCGUAUCUUUUAGUGACGAAGGAGGAAACGUCGCCCUCGACAUUCCUCGCCCCGAGCAGCUUCCGUCCGCGAAAUUUGUUCUCCGAUCACGUGGAAUUCGGUCCAACCUCCGCACAAACGCACAGUCGUCAUCUACUUGGACAAAGCGGCGGUGUCGACUACGUCAGCAGCGUGAUAACUACAUCCACAGUUAGAACAUUCACCAGCGUGCCAUCGUUAAGUCCUGUAGAGGACUCAACAAGUACUCUUCUUGACACCACUGCGUCCAGCAGCACUCCCGCUGUCGUGACACUCAAUUUCACCAAGGAAGCCUACGCGCGAAUAGCCGAGUACCAUGAAAACCCUUUCCUCAGUCCUGUUCUCGACAAUAGCAACAUUGCCGUUACCAGAAAUAAGCUCAAGUAUAGGGUUCUAGCGAGAGCAAAGCCGUCUCAUAAUAAGAAACCCGUUAAAUCCGUCACUCAAUCUCCUCAUCAACAGGUUUCAUCGUCAUCUUCCAAGGAAGAGAACGAGUACAGUAAGAUUCGCGAUGACCUAAAUGCGAAGUAUAAUAAGAUGCUGAAUUAUAUUAAGAAUAAUCAAGAAACCCAGUCUUUCUCUAAAGAAAAAAAGACCUAUUUUUCAGACGAUCUUACCCUAAGGAGGCCGCCGAUUCAACAAGCUACUUAUUCGAUCUUCUUAACGGAUCAUCCUUCGCCGAGGAAUCGUUCGAGCAUAUCCACCGAAAGUGAAUCGCCUCGGGAAGCUAACUGGAGAAACGAAUUGCAAAAUCAACAUCGUUCUCAGCCGGCUAGAAUACCGUUCCGUUUCGAUCCCUUCGCCCAUGUCCAGCCGGUGCAUCCCGUCUAUCGUAAAAAUUCGCUUCCGACCACGAAACUAUUGCCACCGCCGCUACAGCUGGCGACUGCUUACGCCAAUUACCGUAGCAAUAAGCAGAACGACAAUCACCAUUCUCAUCUCAGUGGCAAACCGCAGCGACGAGAUAACCCGUUUAGAUAUUUCCCUUUAAAUUCCGAAGCGAGCUGGCGAUCCGACCGGAGAAAAAGAUCCGACGAAGGUGAAUUUCGCGACGGCAACAGCAACGCUAUGGAUGUUGAUGUGAAAGCAGCGGCAAACAAUGGUGUGACUAAUGACACUAAAUCGGAGCAGCAAGAUAAAAGUUCGUUUGAUAGGGUAAUUGAUAGAUCGGAAGGAAAGUUGCCGAGUCGGAGAGCGAUCGAUGCACCGAUCGAUGUUCCAGAUGGUAUAAAACUAGUAUUUUCCACGAGAUGGAGAGGAGACGAGAGCGGAACAUCCAACAACAAAAAUAGCACUAUCUCUAUCGGUGAAAGGAAGAACGCGACAGAAAUAAUAAUCGACAUUUCAAAGAUAGACAACAAAGGAUCGAUAUUGAUCCAAUCGGCAAAGCAAAAUGGGCGAAUAAAUGACACGACUGUUAUAGAAUUGGCAAAAAAGAAAAGAGACAUCGAAAGUGAGGCAGAUUCGAUAAACAGCUUCAAGAACAAAGUAAAUGAAAAUAAUCACGAAGAACUGUUGAACGAGUCUCCGAAAAUCAGCGGCGAUGUGAUCGACAAAGAGAUUGCCACGCGUUUUAACGAGAAAGAAAACGAGGCUUCGCCGACGAUCGAGAAAAAUGGAAAAAUCGAAGUUGAAAUUCCCAGCUUCGAUUACGUCGAGGAACUUGUUGAGGAGGAUCUUAUAAAAGAUUUUUCCACGACGACGGAAGCCGCCAUAGAUUUGAACAAGUAUCCAUUUUAUAACAACGAGGAUGUACCUAGCGCGUCCGCAUUGAAGUACGUCGUCGAUCCCGCAACAAUACCGCGGAAGACCUCGCGUGGAAUGGCAUUCUACGAUUCCCGGAACGCUUACAAACAGUGCGACGAGGUGGAGUCCAAUCUGGACAAAGUAUUGCCCGAGAAAGAAGAGCCGGAUCCCGAACGAGGCCCGCAAGAAGAUCUACCGCGUCUUCGUGGUCUCGGAAACAAACUGGAUUGCUUCAAGGCCAAGUACUUCGAUGAGAAUCCCCUCGACAAUCCGUUGUUCGGCGAAAAACUAGUCGGGGAACCGACUCCGCCGACAGAGUUAAAUCCCACGAAGUUCUCCUCAAAAAUUAUGGUGCUCCCUGAAGAGAACGACGAAUACGUCGUGCCUCAAGUUUCAAAAAAGCCGGAGCAGUCGCGCAGCAGUCGCCAGUGGCGAAACAGAAUUCGUCCUUACGAGACCCUCGAAUCGAUACGCGUCAACUACAAACACGAUCCGCAAACCGGAAGAGGAAGGGACGCGUAUCUCCACACUGUGCGCGGCACGAAGCUGUCCAACAUGAUGCGCAGAGUGAAGAAUCGAAAAUUUUGGUCAAAAAUCCCCCCCACUACGACACCAUCGCCCAAGUUUUACCAAACCGAUUCCUAUCAAAACCAAGUGUACGAAGAUGUGAUGGGUAAUAUUAGAAACAUGAAGAACAUUUACCAGGUCUACGAGAUGACGACCUUGCCGCCGCCCACGCAGAUUCUGGCGACUGCAGGCAGCGAAAACACGGUAAAAGUUGUGGAUGAUACAUCGGAAGAAAACAUUACGUCAAAGUCGGAUGAAACUGACGUUACUGACGUUAUAAAUAACACGAAGUCGUUGGAGAUCAAAGGAUUGGUACCCCCGCCGAAGUAUUUAAUUCAUCGGCAAACUUACAGGAAGCAUAGACCGCUGGCUAAGAGCAGAGUGUCUUUCAUAAGAUCUCCGACUUUUCCGCGAAUCAUCGCUCACCACCAUACUAUCAAGCUGAACAAACGCAGCACGACAGAUGACACCGCCAAGAAUUCUUCUGAGAGUAUUAUCAAUGACAAUAAAGAGGCUACAGUUAAUGGAUCUACAGAAGUCGCUGCCGUUGGAAAUGAUACAUUGACAGUAAAAUUGAUAGAAAAAGCAACGAACAAAACAAAUGUAACAACUGAACCGUUAGAUUUGGAGAUCGAAGAGAGUAGACCAAUUAGCGUUCAAGAUCGAAGUUUGUCUACGAUUCUGAAGAUUAAUGAUAAGAAGAAACGAAGAAAUUCCACGAGCAGCGAUUUCAAGAGUAAACCUCAGAAAACUGUCUACACGAUCAGAGAUCGAAUCAGGUACUCGAAGCCCAAGUGGGACACGAGAGGAUUCGGAAAGUUUACCACGAGCUCAAAGACGGUGGAUGAAGACAGCAGGCGAAAGGAGCCCCGGUAUAAUCGCAUCGAAAGAAAGAAUAAACCAGUCGAUGAUCGGCAGAACAAUCCUACGAUAAUGAAUUCAACCGAGAACACUUCAGGAAUUGAAAGUGCAACGUCACUAAUAGAAGAUAGAGAAAGUAGCACAACCGAGGCUUAUCAUGCAGAAGAAUCCGCUGUACAACAAAUGAUUUAUCAUAAAAAGGACGAAUAUCCAGAAGUGGACAGGGCCGGGACCGAUGUGGAAUCCGUGGAAAGCUUCUUUGAGGAGGACGAGGAGGAAAGUACGACCAACACGUAUCAGGUUCGCGAGAGUGUCAACGAGAAUGUUUCCACGACCACGGCGAGAUCGACGGAUCCUCAAGAUUCGAAGGAAGUUCUGAAUUUGCGAGAGUAUUUGGAGUCUGAUCCACCAGGAUACGCGGAAACAUUUCCCGAGGAAGCAACAACGCCAUCGAGUAAAUAUCGUGCAAACGUAGAUCACGAAUCUGAAGACAGUGAAGAGAAGCAGGAGGAAGAGACUGAUUAUCCCAGAGGCGUGACGAAUCCAUGGGAAAAUGAUUCUUCCGAGAAAAUGGAAGAACAGGUUGAAACGACGAUGAAGACGAGAUUAUUCUCACAAGACGACGAUUCCGAGGAGCUGUCAUCGAAGGAAGAGGAAGGUACGAACAAGGACCAGACGUUUUUUACAUAUACGAGGCGGCCGUUAUUGAUCGAAAGCGACAAGGACGACGGAGACUCUGAGAAAGAGACAGUGUACAAACCUUUCCCAUUUUCAAGAUACAAGUCAAAGUUUAAAAAAGGAAGCGAAGAGAACAAUCCAGAAGAGGAAAGCGAAGAAAAGAGCGAAGAUUACGUAUUCCCUUGGCAUGCCGACAAAGAAAAUAAAGACGGUAAACGGUGGUUGCACGAUUUUGACAGAUACGAAUACCCUUGGGAAAAGAGAGACAGAUUGGCAAGAGAACGAAGGAAGCGGAAGCACGCCAGGAUUUACGACGACGAAGACGAGGAAGAAUCCACGAGGUAUGAGACGCCCAUUUAUCCUUGGCAGAAACCCACUUAUCCUUGGGAGAGGUAUAAUGUCCCUUCCAAAAUUCGCAGAGUGAAUACUAGACGCGAUGUUUCGCGCAGGAAUAUAGAUGACAGCGAAGAAUCUACUACCGAGUACGUGCCGUUUACGAAAUACAGCAGCAGAUACAGUUCCAGCGAUGUAAAGCCAAAGGUUUCUAGCGCGCACGAAAUCAGCAGAUCCAUCCAAAAGUUUCUAGAGGAUGAGGACGAGCCCAGGGAAAACGCUUCAAAAGAGAUAGAAAAUCAUACUCCUUCGUUCGCGCAAAAAUCACCUUCCUCAGAUAGAGGAAUUUCCAGAGGAAUGCUCGUGCCCGAGGACAUCACGCAGCCGCCGAGAAGAAAGAAUGCAAGAAGAAAAGCGUCUCAAGUUGACAGGAAUGCGACAAAUAAUUCGCGCUUCGAUUCGAAAAAACUCAGGAGUGAAGAUGUUAUUAAUGAAGGAAAGGAAGAAGAGCCUAUGGAAUAUCUGAAGUUAAACAAAAGUGAUUUAGAUGAUACGGAAGUAACAAGCGUUCAGCCGAGCCAGUCUGAUGGGACGAAGGAAGUUCCUUCCGCUACUGAACAGCGUAAGAAACGUCGACGAAAAGUAUCGAAGAAUAACUUUCCGGUUUCCCUCGAUAAUGCAUCUGCCGCAUCUGUUACUGAACCUACCAAAAAGAGACGCAGAAGACCUGAAACUUUGACAACAACGUCAACAACGCCUUCGACAAGCAUCGAUUUUGGCCCGAGAAAAUCAACUUUCACACCUAAUCGAAAAAGAUAUUCAAAGAAAGGCGAGAAGACAAAUAGAUCGGAUUUUUCUGAAAAGACUGCAACAGCUAAAACAAUUGCCACGCCUAAAUCCAAGACUGACAAUUCGCAGGUAGAAACUUCAACACCAAAAACACGAACGAUCGAGCAUCUAUCGAGAGUCUCGAAGGAGAAGAUCGUUACGAAAACCACUUAUCCAAACGAAACAGAAAACUUCGAUUCUAUGAAGACGUCUGUUCGAAAACAGCCGGUGAAGAGAAUCAGACUGAAAGUUAGAAAGAAUAAUAAUAAACAGGACGGUAAUAAUUUUGAUAAUAAAGAUUCAGAUAAUAAGACAGAAUUAGUAAAGCAAGAGGAUAAGGAAGAAAGUGACGAAGAUAAAUUUGUCAAUGGGGAUGAAAUUAAAAAAUCGGCGUCAGAUAAGCCUCAAGAUAAAAGUAGAGAUAAAGCUUUUAAACAUUUUGGGAUGAAGAAGGAGGAAGUUAAGAAGAUAAAUGAUUUUGGCACUCACGACGGCAUUGUUAACGAUGAGAAUGAUAAUGACAACAGUGGCAUUGGGAUAUCGUCAGAAAGCUACGCAAUACGCAACUUAAUGCGGAAUAUUCCACCGAAUCGAGGAAGAAGUCGAGCCAACGAAAGAACUCAGAGUGAAUCGGACAGGCUAACUGAAGACUGGAAGGAACGAAACUACAAUAAAGAGGCAAACGAAGAAGAAAAGAAGAAAAAUGUGGAACAAAAGCGGAAUCCGUUAAUGCAGACCAAGUUUAUAAAGGAUCCGGGGCAUAGACUGUAUUAUUACGUAGAGCGUAAAUAAUUAGAGUAUUUUCGUAUAAUUACAACAAGACAUUUCUACUAUAAACCGUGAAUUGAUGUGCAAAGUUAAUUUUACAAUUUGUAGAUAACUAUACAAAAAAUUUAUUUUAUCUUUUUAUUUUAU